AUGGCCUGCUGCGGACGUAACAACGGCGAAUGUGUAUGCGCCAAGGAGGCAACCUGCUCCUGCGGAAAGCAGCCUGCUCUUCAAUGCACUUGCGACAAGGCCGUCUCCGAGAACAAGCUCCCCACGAGCACAUGUGCGUGCGGAAAGAGGGCUGAGGAUUCGUGCACUUGCGGCAAGGGUAGCUCGAAUUCCGAGUCGGCGCUCGAGACGGACUUCACGACGAAGAAAUAG